AUGCUCGUGUCACUGAGACUACCUUCUCUGAGCUCGCUCUUCUCCCCCUCCAUCUCCGGCCGUCAUCCGGCGGUGCUCCUGCGACGCUACCACCGCUGGUUCUCGGUAUUCGCAGCCGGUUUCUCGGCUCAGAGCACGGUGUCGGUGUCCAACGAGGACGCAGUCCAUAGUCACAGGACUUCAAUGCUUGGUACCUUGAUGUCAUUGAACAAGCUGAGCUCGCCGAUUAUGGUCCGGUUUGCGGAACCAUGGUCAUUCGUCCCUACGGAUUAUCUGAAUAUGAAAUUCAAGGAGACUGGUCACAGUAACAUGUAUUUCCCACAGUUUAUACCAUACUCGUUUAUAGAGAAAGAAGCUAGCCACGUUGAAGGUUUUAGUCCUGAGUUAGCACUUGUGACGAUAGGAGGAGGGAAGGACCUUGAAGAGAAACUUGUGGUUCGACCCACGAGUGAAACCAUAGUCAAUCACAUGUUCACCCAGUGGAUUCAUAGUUACCGUGAUCUUCCACUUAUGGUUAACCAGUGGGCAAAUGUCACAAGAUGGGAGAUGCGGACAAAACCUUUUGCGAGGACUCUUGAAUUUCUCUGGCAGGAGGGAUACACAUCUCAUGCCACUCUAGAGGAGGCAGAAAAAGAGGCUAUACAGAUGAUUGAUGUGUAUACAAAAUUUUCUUAUGAGCAAGCUGCAAUACCUGUUAUUGCAGGUCGAAAGUCAAAAGUGGAAACAUUUGCUGGUGCUAUUAGGACCUACACAAUAGAGGCUAUGCUGGGUGAUCGAAAGGCAUUACAGGCUGGAACCAGCCACAAUAUUGGGCAGAAUUUUUCUCGUGCAUUUGAAACACAGAGGAGUUUGACCAAAAGUUGUGCACGCAGUUUACUGAUGAAAGUGGACAGAGGCAACAUGUGUGGCAGACUUCAUGGGCUGUCAGUACCCGUUUUGUUGGCGGUACUUAUGACCCAUGGAGAUGAUACAGAGUUAAUGCUUCCCCCAAAGAUUGCACCAAUACAGUUCAAUUUGGCUGUGCUUGUUUGGUAUGUUGCAUCUGCCCAGGUGGUAAUCAUACCAAUUUGGAAGAAGGAUGAUGAUAGAUCAGGAGUUCUCAAUGCUGCAUCAUCUGUGAAAGAAGCACUGCAGGCUGCAGGGAUUGAAGUUAAACUUGAUGAAUCUGAUCAGAGAAGCCCAGGAUGGAAAUUCAAUUUCUGGGAGAUGAAGGGAGUUCCUUUGAGGAUUGAAAUUGGUCCUCGUGAUGUUUCAAGUGGGAGUGUGGUUGUAUCUAGAAGAGAUGUUCCUGGAAAGCAAGGGAAAGGUUUUUGGAAUAUCCAUGGAGCCUUCAAAUUUGGAGGCUUAUGUGAAGGACAAAAAGCCGGAGGAGGGGUUUUCAACGCUGUGGCUAUGCAAUUGAUUAGAUAUCUAUUAUUUGGAAGCGUUUUUCACUUGGUUGGAAUACUUGUGGAGGCAUUGACAAUAAGAAUGUCUUUUUGCAGCAAUAUUGUGGAUGUAAGCUCAUAUGAUGAACUCAAAGUUGCAAUCUCCCAGGGCAAAUGGGCAAGGGGUCCUUGGUCCGCCAGUAAUGAAGAUGAGUUAAAAGUAAAAGAGGAAACCGGGGCAAUGAUCAGAUGUUUUCCCUUUGAACAGCCGUUUGGGAUUAAAAGAUGCUUGAUGACUGUUGUGGAAGAUGAGAUGGACGGCUCAGAUGCGAUCGGGCUGUUUCCUUGCGCAGGGAGGGAGGAAAGGGCAUCAUUUUUGGACUUUUUGCAAGUGUGGGGCCCAAUUGCUUGUGGAAACAAGAGGAAGUGGGGAGAGAAGAUUGAAGAAGAAGAAGGGGAAUUAAUCAGCGGCCACAAGGUGCAACGUUUGUUCUCCAAAGCCCGGAUUUUGAUAUUGUUAGGGGCCGGAGUCUCUUCGUUGUUGAUCGAUUCGAUUCGUUUUGACCGUGACGGCGAUUGUUGGAAAAUUGAAAGAACAGUCACUGCCUCCAUUAAAGAACUAGUCCAAUUGCAGAUCUUGAAGAACUACAGCUUUUUCUUCAAGUUGUCCUUCAGCACGGUACUGGAUUUCACGGAGCUUAGUGGUGAUGGGCUUUUAGGGUUAUAUAACCAUAGAAUCCCCAUGUCCUUUAACUUCAUCAUUCCAGUACAGAGUCAUCUCUUAUAUGUGCCCAUCUAUAUGGAUCGAAGAAAGCUUCAGAACAUAACGAAGACUUUGAAUCUACUAUGCAAAGUUUGUGGGCCUGUCGUUAAUCUUAGUUCUUUCAAGGCCAGGACUCUGCCUGCUCUUGUUGCUGGUGUGGUAGGUGGAAAAGUCAUCAGGAAUUUGUUUCCUUUGGUGGGUUUGAAGAAAAGUUUGUCACAUAUCCUAGAAAGAUCGAGAAAACUAAAUCAUUUCUCAUUUUGUGCUUGCACUGGGGGUGUACCCACCACUCUGGUGCAAAGUGGAAAGCAACUAACAGCAGCAUCUUGCAGAACCUGUGGCGGCAGGCAAACAGUUGAUGGGAUUUGUGCACCAAGGCGGUCAAGGAAACUGGUUGAUAGAAGCCAAAAAUUGGGUGUAGAGCUAGCAGAGAAAAGUGCUAGAAGUCCAUCAGAAACAACCGUUUCUGAAUCAGAGAAGCUUGGUGUGGCUGUACUUGGGAGACGGUUCGGUGACAAAAUUGAGCAUGUACCCAUUAAGAAAAGGAGAUUUAUGGUCCGGUCUCCAUCACCCCCGCCUCACCUAUCUUCUCCACACCUUGAAGACAACCAACCACCACUGGAUGGGCGACGUGCUUCAGGUCAGAAGUCUUGUCCAAAAUCAAUUGUCAAAAAGCAUCCCACAAGGAGUGAUGCUUCUACGCUGACUAGGUUGUGUCAUAGUGUUGCUGAUAGUGGUGUUAAUGAGAGCUUAAAUGAGGUGACAAAUCAAAAACCUGGUGGUGGGGAGGACUUCUCUGGUAUUGAGAUAUUGGCAGCUGCUGCCUGCAACAACAGCAUAAAUGAUGAUAUGAAUCCUGUUGAGGGUAAUUCAGUAGGUGAAGAUUUAUCACAGGAUGGAAAAGAUGCGUCAACUUCUGAAAGGCCCUCAGAGCAAACUUUUGUUUCAACUUCUUCAACAGAGAUGGAAGCUGCUUCAGAAUUUUCAGAAGCAAGAGAUGCAUCAGUCUCUGCAAUCUUGGAAGAGAGUGUUGCAUCACUGGAAACAGUACAUUCGUCCAUUAAAGAUAUACCACAAGAAGAUAAGAUAGAGAGCUCCAGUUUUGAGGCUAAUGGGGUCAGAAUUAAUCCUAGCGAAGGACACGAUGAAGCAGUAGCAAGAUCCAUUUCCUCGAAAGAUGUUAGGUUGCACUGGGACCUAAAUGUUACUAUGGAUGCUUGGGACGAACCUUGUGAUAUGGUGAUUGGUGACCCUCAAACAACUGCAGUAGAUGAUAUCUCGAUGAAUAAUAAGCAGGGUUCAGAAGCUCUUGAGAUACCGGGGGUUGAAGAUGCUAAAAAUGACAUUGCAAGCACAGUGCAGCCCCUGGCUGACAAUGAUGAACAGGGAUUGGAAGCGUGCCCUGAAUUUGAGAUGAGUAAUGGUAAAUGCGUUCCUGCUGAUAAUGCUUUGGGACCUUCAAAAGAUACUGGAAUGGGUGCAAAGGCCUCCUCUCAGGAUGCCAGUGUGGAUACAUGUGUUGAUCAUUCUCCUUGCGAUGACAUCAUGGUCACAGGCCCUGUCUCUGAGGAAACCAAUAAAACACCACCUCCCAUCUUAGCUGUUAAGCAUAUGACAGAAGAUACUGCUCCUGGUGUACAACUGGGUGUAACUGUCUGUUCGGAAAGUGUAAAGGUUGAAAACCCUGCUAUAGCUUGUGUGCCAGAGGGGGCUUCCUGUGAGAUUGAAAGCACUGUUCUAGAUGACGAUGGUAAGGGCUCUGGUGCAACAUCUAGCUUCCAUGAUGAUCCAAAAUCCCCUGAAGAGAUGAUGGGAGUAGAAAGUUGUCAUUCACUCGCACCUGUGGUCCUUGAAGUCAAGCCUGUAGCUAAAACAGAGGAUAUGGCUGCUGACAUUUCCAAACUUGAUUGUGAUGAUAAAUCUGCGUCAGGUGCAUCUAUUGGAGAAGGCCUAUCUCUGGUGACUUUAACUGCAAAAGAACCAGUUGAAGCUAUCUCUGAGACUCAUACUGUUGAUUCUCUACCAAAGGCUGCAGCUGGGUCCUCCUCUGGUGAGCAAUGCCACUAUGGUGAAGGUACCACAUGUAGCUUGGGUAGAGUCACUACAGAAGAUCCUUCCAAUGACAACUGUGACUUGGAUGUUUGUCAAGAUGAUAAGGAUCACAUGGUUGGCAAGGAAAAAACUAUGGAACAUGAAGCUGGUUACGAAUCUCAGUAUGAAGAUGGGGAGUUGAGGGAAUCAGAUGUACCAUAUUGGGAGGAGAAUGAAUUUGAGGAUGAAGAAGCUGAAUGUGUUGACUAUGGUUCUGAUACAUGUGACAGUGAUGCUGCUCAUGACUCUAUAUCAGGGAAAGUUGGAAUGGGACUUGAAUGCAGAGAAACAGAAGUAUUUGGGUCAGAGUCUAGGGAAAUUAACAGGAAUGCGAAGGUUGUGAGAGGUUUGAGUCCAGGAUCUGAUAACAUGUGUGAAAAAAAUGAACAUUCUUUGAGACAAUGUUCCAUGGGUUCGAAGACAAAAACUUCUGGAUCUGAUCAAUUGCCUGGUGAUUCUGAAGCUUCUUCAAACAGAACUGCGGAAGCAACUGAGGGCUGCACAGGAAGGAGACAUGCCGCUAAUUACUUCGAUGGCCUUGGUGGCAAGUAUUCUCCUGCUGAAGUGGGUGGAUCAGUGGCAUCCAACACUCUAAAUAGGAUGGGUCCUGUAUGUGCAAGGAGGAGGUUGCACAACUUUGAUAUGUCUUUUCGCUCUGAAGAGGCUGGUUCUGAUCAGUCCAUGGGAAAGGAAAAAUCUGAUUCGCGUAUGCAUAGUAAAAGCUCUGGAGGUGCACAUUUGGUUAAUCCUUCAGGGGGUUAUUGGGAUUCCAAACGCCGCGAAUCUCCCAGUUAUCAUGGUUCCUUUGGUUCUGGCCGCCCUAGACCAAAAAGUGUUGUUGAGAGCCAUGGUUUUGAAAUGGAUCCAGAUGAUACAUUUUCAGAAGCAGCAGGAGUUCACAACCGUGUUCGCAGGCAAGCUAUAAGUUUUUCCUCAAAUCGCCUGUAUCAGCCCCCACUUAGAAGAAGAUCGCCAGCCGAGAGAAAUGACACACAUAAUAUGCAUAGGGGAGUGAUACCUAUGAGAGAUACAAGUCCCGAUAGGCGGAGGUUUAGAAGAUACCCACAAGGGGUUAGUAGAGGCAUCCGGGAGGAGUACCACAGGCCGAUGCCCGAUGAUCCCAACGAAUGUUCUUAUAAUGUGCCACGCCGAAUGGCCAGGAGAGAUCAAAGCACUUCACCUCCUGGCAGAGGACCUAUAUAUUAUGGUAGACCCUACAAGAAGUUCCAGUCUAGAUGCAGAAGUCGUUCUCCUCUUUCAUGGGGUUUACCAAGAGAACGGAAUGAUGUUUCAAGACAUCGUGGCAGCAGGUCUCCUGAUUAUAGGCUGGAUUCUAAAAUGGAUAAGCCAAGAGUGCCCUUUCAGAAGCACAGUUUUGGAGCAAAGUACGAAGUAGGAGGGUUCAUGUCUCCACCAAAACGUCGGUUUUCUCCACAACAGAAUUCCAGAUGGUUUGAUGAUUCAAAUAGUGGUGUAGACCAUAAUUUCAGGGGUAGGAGAUUAGCUGGAAGGCGGUUCCAGCAGGGACAGAGGAUUGAUUCAGUGCGUUCGUCUCGGAGAUUAAGUUCGGAUGAUUACUUCGAACCCAUGAGUCGGCCUGCAAGAUUCUCUGAGUUGGCCAGUGGUGGUGGCAGGGAAUGUAGAUAUGAGGGCAGUGAUGAUGAUAGAAGAAAACAUGAUGGAAGAUUUGAGAUCAUUCAUCGUGUGAGGCGUUAUGAUUCAGAUGGUGUUGUCCGUCAGUUCCGUUAUGAUGAAGAAGAUCGUUUUGCAUCUCGCAACACACAGAACUACGAUGACUGCGACAAUAGAGCUGCCGAUAGACGGCCUCGUGAUGCUUACGUAGGAGAGAUAGCUAAGAGAAGGGUAAAUUAA